AAAAAAUAACUGGGAAACGAAUUAUUAUAUCCACACUCGUUUGCAGAUUGUAGUGCGUCGUUUAUGGCCUAUGUACUUUGAGUUAAUAUUAUUGUUAUUGUGGUUGUUUUCUAAACGUUGAAGACGGAUCUUCUUAUGUAUAGAUUGGUAAAAUCAAUGAUUCUAUAGUUUAGCUACUAAAUAAGAUUGAUUGAAUUCGACUCAUACGACAGCAUAUAAAGCAUGUAAAUCAUCACCACACAUAAAGAAGUCUUGUAGAGUUAUUUCAUCUCAUUCUAAAAUGGCACAUGUCAUUCAUGCAUCAAAUGAAAGUGUACCUUCUAAGGUACCCGUAUCAGCUCAUUCAAUGGUGCCACAUUUUUCAGUUAUAAAUAAAACUGGAACAUAUGAUAGUGUAGUAAAAUACACAAGUAAUCAAUCAAAUAUACCUGGUACACCAGAAAUUUAUCAUCAGAAUGAUUUAAAUUGUUUUCCUUCCAAAAAUUAUCACCUCAAAACAAGUGUUAAUAAUACAGCUGUUCAUGGUUCUGCAGGAUGUAGUGAAGAAUCAAACCUUAAUGUACCUAAUAACCAGCAUGUAUUUAAACCAAUUAUAUCUCCAAGACCUAGUAUUUUAAGAAAACGUGAUGCAGAUGGUGUACUUAAAGCCCAAAAAAACCUUAUACCAAUUCUAACAAAACCUGAACCAGAAGACUGUAUUACAGAAGAAUCUAUGCCUAGUAGAAAUGGUUAUAAUGAGACAACCAUUUGCCAUGAUGAACUACUUACAGCUCCUCAAGUGUCAGAAGUCGUGUUACCUCGAAUUGCUGCAUUACAGAGAACACAAUCACAAUUAAUGGUUGAAAUUAGUCCACGUAAAAAACCUCGUAAACAAUUACUCCCUGUGAAUCAAAAUAGUCCAUUCAAAAUUGUUGGUGAUGAAAUGGAAUAUGUUGAAGAUAAGGUAAUUAAACACAAUAAAAAUGAAUUCCCAGAUGAUGAUGUGUUGGAUUGUAAUGAUGAUUGUGGUGAUGGGGAUGCUGAAGAUGAACUAGAGGAUGAACUAGAUGAUAAUGAUAUGGAUGUUGAUGAUGACUGUCCAGCUGAUGAUGAUUAUGAUGAAAACGAUGAAGAUGAUACUGUAUUUGGGAAUGACUUUGACAAUGGGUUUGACUAUGUGAAAGCUGAUAAAACUUAUUUUGAGGAUGGAAAAAUAUCAACAGAUUUAAGUGAUGGUAGCUCAACAUACAAUCCAACGAACAAAAGACCUACACUUUUAGGAAGGUUAAAGAACUCUUGGCGUGGUCAAUCACAUCACUUUCAAAAACAUAGUGAUUUUAAAGUAAAAGAAAAUAAAAAACAAUUAGCUGAAAUUCAACAAGCUAAAAAAUGGGCACCAGACAGUAGAUCUGGAUGGAGAGUUAGACAUUUGUUAAAACAAUUUGAUGGAAUGGUAAAAAUUGAAGAUGAUGUCAUUGAGAGGAUGACUGAUCUUUUACAAUUAAUUGAACAUGAAUGUAAUGAUUUAAAUUUACGAGAUGACAUAGUAGAACUUAUUAAGGAUAAUAUUCAAAGAAGUAGGGUAACUAGAGAUCAACUAGAAGAAGUUAGUCGUCAUUUAUCAAAAAUAUUUGAUUAUAAAACUUUAAUUGAAGAUGUGGUUGACAAAUUUUGCCCAAAAGAACUAAAAAAAAAAUGUCCUAAAGUAUUUAGUAAAGUGUAAACACAUCUAUAUAUAUGUGUGUGUAUAUAAAUUAAUUUUAUUUAAAAUGGUACAUUUUUUAAUGUUUUUUUUUGUUCUAUAUAUUUAUUUAUAUAAAAAAAGGUUUUCUAUUUUUAUUGAACACUGCACAUAGAUUUGUAAAUAUUGUAAUUAAAGAUA